CCGCCGGUCGGCCGUCCAGUUGCAUAGUGAGCGGCGUUAAAGUUGCUCGUAUUGUCAUUUUCGCGCUAAAAUGUUUUUCCGUUUCGAAACGCGCCGCGACACAAUCGUUUCUUCGAUAACAUCUUAAAUCCGAUAUUGCCGCGUGAUAGAGAUAGUGACGUCCUAAUUUUAUUUUAUUACGUUAUAAUUCAUUGACCAUGUAAAUCGUUCGCGAAAUAAAGCGAGCCGCUUAUGUUGUGACAAAAAGAAAACAGAUAUUCUGGGAAUGCUCACAUGUGGUAAACUGCUAACAGCGGCUGCGUUUGUUAAAGUGUCACGAUGCCGCGAAGAAAUAAAUGGAUGCAUCUGGUGGCCGGAGUCAUAGCCGGAGUUACGCUUGGAGUAUUCUUAAAAUUAUGCUUAAGACCUUCCUCUCGGACGUCCAUUGAGACAUGUCCGGACGCUGCAAAAUUAUACGCUCCCCCUGACCCAUUAGCGGUGAUAGGCUUGACGGCCGAGGAAACGAUACAAAACUCAAAUAGAACUUUAGUGUUUGUGGGUGUGAUGACUGCGGAACAGUAUUUGAAUACGAGAGCAAAAGCAGUUUACGACACGUGGGCUCAGGACCUUCCGGGCCGAUUAGCGUUCUUUAGUUCUGAAGUGUCGCGAGCUCCUGGUUUGCCCUUGAUACCCUUGCGCUAUGUCGACGACAGCUAUCCUCCUCAAAAGAAGUCGUUCCUAAUGUUAUUGUACAUGUACGAAAACUACGGAGAAAGGUUCGAAUGGUUUAUGCGUGCGGAUGACGAUGUGUACGUGCGUGGUGACAAAUUAGAAGAAUUCUUGCGUUCCGUGGACAGUAGAAAGCCGCAGUUUAUUGGUCAAGCGGGAAGAGGUACCACCGCUGAAAGAGAUGCACUGGCUCUCGACUACAAUGAAAACUUUUGUAUGGGCGGGCCUGGAGUGCUCAUAUCAAGAGAAACUCUUCGAAGAGUGGCGCCUCACGUCAAAUACUGCUUGAAGCACCUUUAUACUACUCAUGAAGAUGUGGAACUCGGAAGAUGUGUCGCGAAAUUUGCCGGAGUUUCCUGCACAUGGAGCUAUGAUAUGCAAACGAUACUUCAUCACAACAGCAGUGGUACAGCUGCUUACACUGGCCGGCUGAAGAAGCGGGAGGUCCAUCGAGCCAUAACCCUCCAUCCUGUAAAAGACCAUAGACAGAUGUACCGGCUGCAUACUUACUUCAAGAACUUAAAAAUCCAGGAUCUUCGAGAAUCCACCCUAGACCUUCAUAGAGAUAUCGCGUCAUCACUCAAGAAACUAGGCGUGGAGCCAGACCAAGUGGCCGACUACAUGCUACUAGAAGGCAUACCUCUUUUCCCAGCUAAAAUCGGCGAGCCAGGCUAUUUGGGUGACAACAAUAUAUUAGGAGCUCCGAUAGAUUUCAAUAGAUACAAACCAGAGAACGUGGAAGAUAUAAUUCCGUUUGAGUUUAUUAGCAAAUCCAUUUAUUCCACUAGUCAUUCAAACCCGAAGAGACGCAUCGAGAGUCCACUGAAGGAAGCAUUGGAUGAUGUUAUUAGAGAGGUUAUGGAAAUAAUAAACGCGCCAUCCCGUCAACGAGGCCGUGUCAUCGACUUCAAUGAGUUGCUGUAUGGGUACACUCGUCUGCAGCCGCUACACGGAGUCGACCACGUGUUGGAUCUGCUGCUGAAGUACCGAAGAUACCGAGGUCGGAAGAUGACCGCUGCCGUCCGAAGACAUGCGUAUCUUCAGCAGAGUUUCACUGCCACAGAGAUACGCGAACUGCCAAUGGGUGAGCCUCCACCGUUCGAGGAUCCAGAAAUUCUUGAAAAAAUACACAGCAAAGAUCCUCUAAACGAAUACGCGGACUUCGACGAACCGAGCCAACAGCCGGCCGGGUUCCUCGACUUCGGAAAGCUCAACGUCAAGGAAGCUAUAGAGAGCGGUCUCAUGAAACUACAGAAUCUGCCGAACGUCCUCAAAUGGUCCGACAACGACUACGAGUACCCAAUAUACGAUAGAAGAAUACAUUUCAUCCUCCCCCUCAUGGGGCGACAAGAGAUAUUCUCCCGCUUCAUGAAGAACUACGAAGACGUCGUCCUGAAGAGCGACGAAGCGGUGAGUUUAAUUGUAGUCCUGUACCUGGACGUGAAGAACCCGUUGGACUACAGAAACGCCGAGGCGUUAAUGGACCACUAUAACGACAUGUACGGGAAGGAUGUGAAGAUCGUUCACAUGGGCUCGACCACCUUCUCGCGAGGAGCGGGACUCACCGAGGGUCUCAAGCGGUGCGCGAGCGACGACCUCGUGUUCUUCAUAGACGUGGACAUGAUGUUCAAUCACGUCACCCUCAGGCGGAUCAGGAUCAACACAGUGAAAUAUCACCAAGUGUACUUCCCUAUCGUGUUCAGCGAGUACAACCCCGAGGUUGUGAACGGGGACGAUUUUAACAAGUUCAAAGAUGAGCCGCUCGUGACAAACUCUAACUUGGGUAAAUUUGUGGACGAAGUUCCUAAAACCGACCGGGAAUUGGCCGAUUUGAAGUAUAGCAAGGAAAUCAAUGACGAUUUCGGUUAUUUCAGGCAGUACGGUUUCGGCAUUCUUAGUAUUUUCAAAUGUGACUUCGAGAGGGUCGGCGGCUUCGACCUGAAGAUAAAGGGGUGGGGCUACGAAGACGUCCAGUUCUUCGAGACGUUGAUUAAGUCGAAUCUGACAGUUUAUAGGAUAGCGGACGAGAGUUUAGUGCAUAAGUUCCAUUCGGUGGACUGUGAUAAGAAUUUAGAGAAGAGUCAGUUUUUGAUGUGUCUGGGCACCAAAGCGUCGACGUACGGGAGUGAGAAACACAUGACAUAUUACAUGCUGAACCACCCGGAGGUGCUCUGGCCCGAGGGAGGCGAGAAGGGAGCCAGCUAGUACUAGUCUAGGAUGUUCGAUGUAUAUUUUGUAAUUCAGUAUUGUGAUUGAGUGCAGGUCAGAGGGAGACUUGGCUUGCGAGACCUUUAUAGCUGACGGUCGUCGAGGGCAACUGCGAUGGAACAUAAUAAUUAUAAUUGUACAUACUCUGGUGAAUUGUAUUUUUGUAAGCAUUUAUCGUAGAUUUAAAAUGUUCCUAGAAAAUAUUUUACGAGAAGGCAGUUUUAAUUUACUUAAUUUACUGAUAUAAGAUGUAGGAAUAGUGUAUAUAUUUUCAAUUAGGAGCUAUAGAACAAAAAAUCUAUUUUAGGAAGUAGCUAUAAUUGUUGAAUGUCUGAAUGUUUUUUUUAUAAAAAUCAUACAAACUUUUAUAUGGGGUCCAGUGUGUUAGUACAUAAAUGUUUUUUGAAAAUAAUUGACCAAAAUACAAAACAAAGCAGUCUUAUUUUCUUCAUCGAGGUUAAAAAUACUAGGAAUUUUCCAGUAAGACAGUCACUAAAAGUCAUGAGUUAGAAGUAAACGCGAUUUUAUACGUAUUGGGUACAUUUUUAAUACUCAAUCAGUUGUUACCUUUCGCACUAAACAUUACCGUAAAUUAUAAUUCAACGAGUAUUAAUUUUGUUGUCAAUAAUGAUUUCAUAUAUUUUAUUGAUAAUAGGUUAUUUUCGGAACAAUACGGUCUUUACAUGGAAUAUAUAUUUUAAUCUGGUGUGUUACAAACAGGAUGAUAGAUCUUUAUGGUUUUAGAGCAAUUAAAUGAACCUAAUUUAACACUUGAAAAAUACCGGAAUAUAUUUAUUAUAUAUAAAAAUAAAAAUCUACUAAAUAAAUAAAGAUAAUAUACGUUCAUUAACACGAAUGAUGAACUAUUUUUGUAAUAUACAGGAAUAUUUAUAUAUAGUCAAAAUAAUGUAUUAAAUGGCAAGUGCCUGAAAGUCGUGCUCACGAAGUGCCAAUUUAAUUUUAAGUAGCAAAUAAACCUAAUAAUGUAUGUGGAUAUUUUUGUACAUGGUAUUUUAAUUUUGUAUGAUAUUAUAUGAAAAUGAGCAAUAUUAAAUAAUAAUCAUUUA